AUCUAAAUUUCCGCCACAAAGCACAUACUUCCAAAUUCUCUUUCUUCUUCUUCUUCUUCCCUCUCUCUCUCUCCUCCUCUCGAACCAUACGUGGAAGAGAGAUGACAAAAACAAUGGUGGAAUCAAUGCCACCUAACCCUAAUUCUAUUGAACCACCGGCAACAGCCGGCGAUCCUCCACCACCACCGCUGCCGCCCACUGACGGCGGCGGUGGCUUUUUAUCGCUUCCCCGGCGGCCGGGCAUAAGAUUGACGACAGAGUUCGAUAGCGACAGCUCGAUAUUCUUCAACAAGAUUUCGUGCAAGUUGUUAGACAGUCUCGCGAAGCUAAAGCUAUCGUUCCAGAACAACGACAAGGGCGAGAUCUCCGAGCCCCAAUUGGCUCUCACUUCCAAGUACCUCUCACUCCACUACGAUCUCGAAGAACACAACGCUCUCAUCAAGAGCUCCUUUGACGUUGGCCCUGCUUUGCACUUGAGAGCUGCUCAUGAUGUCAAGGUAACUCUCUCUCUCUCUCUCUCUCUCUCUCUAAUUUGGUCUAUGUUUGACUCUUGUGUUUUAGACGAGCAAAUGGCCUUCAUUCCAAACUUGUCAUUGCCUUCAAAUGCAUUAUCAUUUGCAUUCAAGCGUCGAUUUGGUCCUUCAGACAAGCUGAGCUAUUGGUACAAUUUUGAUUCAAACUACUGGAGUACGGUAUACAAGCACACGGUUGGCAAGGACUACAAAUUCAAAGUCGGUUAUGAUUCAGAGGUGCGACUUGGAUGGGCAUCUCUUUGGGUUGGAGAUGAAUCUGGGAAGGCAAAGACGGCUCCAAUGAAAGCGAAAAUCCAGUUCAUGCUGCAAGUGCCGCAAGAUGAUAUUAAAUCAUCGGCCUUGAUGUUCCGUGUGAAAAAGAGGUGGGAUAUUUGAGUCUGUUCACUUGCCUAAUGGCUCCUUUGUUCUCUCUGAUGUAGCAUCGGCGGGACAAUUGUUGUAAUGAUAACAUUUCCCUGAGAAACAAGGAUAUAUGUCUGGCCUAUAAAUUAAUUUACAUCUCAAAAGUAUUUUUUUAGGUUACAGUUUAAUACCAACUUAAUAUAGAAGGCUGGAUAAUUGGGUCGCAUUAACAGAUAUCAAAGAACGUCUGGAUUGUCAUUGUUGGAUCUGUUAAUUUCGGAUUUGGAUUCAGAAUGGGAUUUUUUGAAUCCUGUCUGAAUCUAAUCCAUUGACAUGCAAAAUCUAGGUUUUCAUUCACUGUUGGUGUGCAAUUUAUGUAUAAAAAAAAUUCAAAUUCAAAUUUAAAAAAGUGAUGUUUUACAGAGAACUCAGAGUAGGUUGAUAUAAAAAUACCAUGAGAUCAAUUGUGAGACUGAAAACGAUGUACACAGAAAAACCGACCGUGUUAAAUGGCUCUAAGAAUGUUGCAGUGUUGUGUUUCUUCAAUGGGUUUUCUAGGGUAGGAUAGUUUUUGUAUUGUAACUGAAUGACAUUAAUAUUUAAUUUUGUUUUAGAAUGAAUGUAAGACAUUUUGUUUUAA